GAUGUUUUCCCCACUGUCUGCUGAAUAAAGUUUAAUUCCUUCGUGUGAUAUUAAAAAGCGUUCAUAUUUUGACCCUGUCUAACCCUUUAACCUCAUUUCUCUCUUCUCCUUUCCACAGUCUGCAUAUCACAGGCAGCCUUAGCUGAACACAUUAAGGUUCUCACAGGCCUUCAUGUAGUUUGUGCUCUUUCCAUUUCCUGUGGACUUUCCCUCACCCCUGGUAAUUCCUAACUCCCUUCUUUUAAGACUGAAGCUCAAACAUUACCUAUUCUGUAAAGCUCUGCUGUCCAAUACAGUAACUACUAGCUACACGUGGCUAUUAAAAUUAGUUAAAAAUUUGGGUGCCUGGGUGUCUCAGUCGGUUAACAUCUGACUCUUGGUUUUGGGUUAAGUCAUGAUCUCACCGUUUGGUGAGUUCGAGCCCUGCAUCGGGUUCUGUGCUGACAGUGCAGAGCCUGCUUGGGAUUCUCUCUGUCUCUCUCUCUGUCUCUGUCUCUCUCUCUCUCUCUGUCUCUCCCAAAAUAAAUAUACAGACUCAGUCAUACUAGCUGCAUUUCAAGUGUUCAAUAGGUACAUGUAGCUAGUGGUAUUGUAUUGGGCAGCACAUAUUAAAGAACAUUUUCCUCAUUGCAGAAACUUCUGUUGGACAGCACUGCUAUAAAGCCUUUUCUAAAAUAAUUGAUUUUCUCUUCAGAGCUUCUAUAACCUUUAAGAUUAACUAUUUUAAAAAGCCCUUAAAUUCCUCUAUGGGUAGGAAGGGACCAAGCCUCGUUCUUUUCAUCUCUAGCAUCUAGAAUAGUACAUGGCCUGUAAUUGAAUUUCAAGAUGUGUUGACUGUAUGAACAAAUGAAUAAUAUAAAAAAAAAAAUGACAUGAAUUUUCAGAAGUCAUAUGAAUAAUGAGAAUGUUAGGGAUCUUUCAAGCUAGAGAAAUGCUGAUUCCCUUUUGUAAAAUGCGUUGUUAUCAUUUUCACUUCAUUAGUGCCUCACAAAACCUGAGACAGAUGCUCAGUUUCUCUGAUUCUUUUGCCAUCAAAACACUGGGGAAUUAGGUAUUUUCCCCUGUGCAGUUUAAUAUGAGGCCAACAUAUACUGAAUCUAUGCCAGAUAUUUUGGACUUUACAUAAAAGUGUAAAGUAUUUCCAGUAGAUUCUGCACUAUUACUUGGGUUUAUAUUCCAUGAGCUGAGAGAGCAGACAUUUAGUUUCUGUCUGGAAUUCUCACCUCCUUAAUGUUAUUCCAUUUUUGUAAUAUUUUUAUGAGGCACUCUUUUUUUUUUUCCUGUUUUGCAGAUAAGGAAGCAAGCAUAGAGAAAAGCUGCGUGCUCGCAUAAGGUCACAUAUAGCUGUGAAGGGACUUUUUAUUACACCUCAGCUGCCUCUCAUUUGAACUGUUAAUACAUUCACUGCCUCUGGGUGACUUUGGUGAUUUAUAUAUUUUCUGAUUGUUCAUGGUCAGAGUAUGUCUCUUGGUUUCUAGUUUUAAGAAAAACCAACAGCUUGAAAACAAUACUAAAGAAGGAAAUUAUAGUGCCCUACUGUUAACAUUUUGUGAAUGACUCUGUGGCCUAAUAUUGUGCUUGAGCUAAUUGGAUCUAACCAGAUGAGGUUAAAGGAAUAACCAUAAAUUCUGUCAGGAGUAGAAUUCCAGAAGCCUCUUGGAAGCAUUUAAUUACUUUAUGAAUUGCAAUUAUCAUCUUAUGCCACUGGCUCUCUAGCUAGUUUUCAAAACACUUAGCAAAGCCCAACAUCAACAUUUAAAAAAUUACACAAUACAAAGUUAGUGUUCAGUGAUGGUUUAUUUAAUGAAUGUGUGACAAAUAACAGAAAUACUAGUAAUUGGUAGUAAUAGCACCUAACAUUGUUGGAUGUUUUCUGUUUGCCAAGCAUUGUGCUAAGCUCUUCACUUGCAUUAUUUCACUUCACUCAUUGACUGUUGAACAUCUACAGUGUGCUAGGUACCAUGCUUGGUGCUGGAGAUAGAGUGUUAAAACAAAGAUCUUGCUCCCAUGGAUCAUUCUUUUUGGUGGGAGAGACAGGAAUAAGCACAUAAGCAAAAAACUCAAUAUAGUAUUGGUUAGUGAUCAAUGUUAUUGAAAAAAAAUAGAUACUGAUUAGGGAAAGCUUAUCUGAGAAGGUGAUAUUUAAAGCAGACUCAUAAUGGAAGGAAACAGUGAGCCAUCCAAAGUAUUUGGGGGAACAUUCAAAGUGGAGAGAACAAGUGUAAAAGUGAGCAAGGAAGCCAGGGACUAGGAUCAUCUAGGAUCUUAUAGGCUGUAGUGAGGAUUUUGAAUUUUAUUCCAAAUAUGAUGGAAACCCUUGGACAUUUUUGGGUAAUGGAGUGAUAUGAUCUAGUUUUGGUUUUGAAAGGAUACCUUUGGCAGCGUGUGUAGAGAAUAGAAGUAGGGGGAGUGGGAAGAAAAGGGCGAUAAGAAUGGAAGUAGUUAUAGUACUCUAACAACCCUCUGAGAUAGGUUCCAUUAUUUCCUGCAGUUUUAGUUUAGAACAUUGAGGUCCAGAGAUUUUGAGGCUGUUCAGUGCUACAAUUCUAGUCUGUUUUAUGUAAUCUCUGCCAUUAUAUUAUACUGCUUGACUUCUCUGAAUGAGUUUUAAGCAUUUUUGUCAUUGUAUGUCAAUCCAAUAUAGCUAAUAUGUAUGUAGAUUUCCAGUGAAUAUUGUCUUUCUUAAUGAGAUUGUUUUCUUAAUAUAACAAGUUGUGAAAGCAUAUGUUACAUAGAAUUCGCUAAUCUAUUACAUUCUUUAAUUGUUACUCAUAGCAGAAUGAAUGAAGAACAGAUAGCCAUCAUUUGUCUGUCAGUGCUGAGAGCUCUCUCUUACCUGUGUGUGUCUGUAUGGAUAGUUGUGUAGGUAGUACAGGAAUAUGUAUAUUUUUUAAGUUUUUAUUUUAAUUCCAGUAUAGGUAACAUACAGUAUUAUAUUAGUUUCAGGUAUACAAUACAGUGAGUCAACAAUUCUGUAUACAGUAUUUGGUGAUCAUCAUGGUGUGGAGAGUUCAGAAGUAGUGGUUGAUGGAAAUGGUGGCUUGUAACAAUCAAAGACAAGGACAGCAUGAAGAGUUGAUGGAAGAGGAAUGGGACAGUGAGGAUGGAGGUUACUGUCAUUGAAAGGCAGUAUAUUGUAUGGACGGACUAUGGGCUGUGGUGCCAGAGGUAGAUUGGGGUCAUCUGGACUAUUUAGUUGUUGACAUGCCACCCGGAACUGGAGAUGUGCAGUUAUCAGUCUCACAGAAUAUUCCCAUUUCAGGUGCUGUGAUUGUCUCCACGCCCCAGGACAUUGCACUGAUGGACGCACACAAGGGUGCUGAGAUGUUUCGAAAAGUCCAUGUGCCUGUUCUGGGCCUUGUCCAAAAUAUGAGUGUUUUCCAGUGUCCAAAAUGUAAACAUAAAACUCAUAUUUUUGGUGCUGAUGGUGCCAGAAGACUAGCACGGACCCUUGAUCUUGAUGUUCUAGGGGACAUUCCCUUACAUCUUAAUAUAAGGGAAACUUCAGAUACAGGCCAGCCGAUUGUGUUUUCACAGCCUGAAAGUGAUGAGGCCAAAGCUUACCUGAGGAUUGCCGCAGAAGUGGUAAAAAGAUUGCCACCACCUCUAAAGUGAAUUCCCCAAGUGUUCUGGAAAUUUGCCUGGUGUUUAACAAUAAGAAGACCUUUGGAAAUUAGCAGUGUGGAGAUGCAACCUACAGGAAUAAUAGAAUCAUGGUUAUUUUCUUUUAUUUCUAAGGAAAUAAUGUCUUAUUUUCAGAUUUGAUUUGCUAAGCAAUGACUCACAAGUAAAAUUUUUAUAUAUCAAUGGUAACUGCUACAUUUAGGAAUUUUUUUUUUUUUUGAGUGCUGAUGUGUACCAACUGCACAGAACUGCAUUUUUUUAAAUGAACUACCCCUUGGGGAAUCAUGAGUUUAUAUUAUAAGCUCAACCUUCAAUUCAGGAGAGUUAAAACUGUAUUCUUUUUGUGAGACUAUGGAGUUAGUCAUUUAAAGGACUUAUUAACUGCGUACUAAGUGUGAUAACUCCAUCAGUCAGUUUGGUCUGAGUUUCAAUCUUGUCUUGGACAGUCUUGGACACGUUCUUAAUGUAAAAUAACUUCUGCUUCAUCUGGACCAGGCUCUACCCUAAACUUACUGAAUAUAAUCUGCAGGGGUGGGGCCUGGACAUGUAUAUUUUUAACAAGAUCACAAUGAUUUUGAUGAUUCUGGUUAUGAUGGCAAUAGUUAUAAUAAUAGGCAACAUCUAUCAGGUGUUUCCUUGUGUCCAUAGAGUUAAUCUUGCAUUCGUAUGAGUGGGGUACUGUUGUUACCUUCAUUCUAUAGAUGAGAAAACUGAGAUAUGGGAGUGUUAAGUGUUUUGCCGAAGGUUUCUGUUCUAGCAAGUGAUAGAGCUGGAAUUUGAACUUGGACAGUGGGAUACUGGAUCCUCCCUUUUUUAUACCAAAGAACAUUUGUUUAUUUCAAAAGAGAAAUACGGUAUUCAGCAUUUCCUCCAACUUACUUGACCAUGAAGGCCUUAUCCUAUCCCUUUUAGGAGCAUUUCAUGGAGUUUGUGUUUCAAAUGAUACACUUUGAAAAGCAUAUAUCUUAUCUAGUUGAGGCUCAAAGAUAUUUGGGGGAGCUUUCCAAGGUCAGGAAGCAAAAUAGUUAUAAAGCUGCAAGUACUGAUAGGAAUCAUUAGUUGACCCUCAGUUACAAAGAAGUGGUCUAUGACUUUUGGCAGAUACCUUGACAUCUUCUGCUUUGUAGUUAAACGGGUAGAAAAUUAGAGAGUCACAUGUUGUUAUAAACAUGUUUUCACACACUUGUAUUCACAUAAAAAACUGUUCAUGGCAAUUUUAUUUGUAGUCGCCAAAAACAACACAGAGCUUUUCAGUGGGCAGAUGGUUAAACAAAAUGUGAUCUAUCCAACCACGGAAUACUACUCGCCAAUGAAAAAGAACAAACUAUGGAUACCUGCAACAACCUGGAUGAAUUCUAGACCAUUAUGCUGAAUGAGAGAGCCAAUCCCAAAAGGUUUUAUACCAUAUGGUUCCAUUUAUGGAGCAUUCUUGAAAUGACAAAAUGAUAGAAAUGGAGAACAAAUUAGUGGUUUCUGGAAUUUAAGGGGAAAGGGUUGCAAGGGAGAAAAUUAUGUGUGCCUCUC